AUCCCAGCAUGACCAUUGUUAAUUCAUAUUGAUGAUGGCGUCAACAAUCAGGCGAUGGCGUUCUUACCUUGUGUGAACACAAUUUGUUGAAUACAUUAUCAAUGAACCCUACAGUGUGAUAUCAACCGAGGACUCAGCUUGAAAUUGGUAUUUCUCUAUCAGCAAAAGAUUCAUUUGGGUGUUUGGAGGUAAGCGGCGCACUAGCAAACCAUAGCCGGCUGAGGACCUACAGGACGUCGUGACAGAUAGAUAUACCGUUGACAGAGACCAGGUGUAUCCAGACUACAUUAGAUUACGUUAGUUACAGGAUGAUGACCUGUGUAACGAAGGGUCCGGUGAAGUACUGGAUAUGUUUUACCGUCUUGCAGUGCAUUCUCUUUUUCUAUCUCUUUUCCCAUUUCGAAAUAUCAACACGUGGACCUGGAAAAUCACUCAAGAAACAAACACCAUCCAUCACAUUAUUUUCAGCAUGGAAGACAUUCCCAGAAAGAUAUGCAGUAUUUAACAACACAUUACGCAAUUGGCCUUCACUACAACCUCACGUGAAACUAUAUCUCUUCACCAACGAUUUCAUACCGGGUUUAAAAGAGUAUGAAAAGUUAGGAUGGACGGUGCUGCCAGUACUGAGAGAAAUCGAAGGUCACGCCGUUAUAAAAGAUUUAUUCCGAAGAGUCAUGCAACUGCAGCCAGACUCAAAACUAUAUGCACUUGUUAACGGAGACCUUCUUUUAACUAAUUCUUUCCUGAAAAAUUUACAUGACAUUAUCGAAUCUCCUUUUCUUAAGGAUAAAACGUUUUUCCUAACUGGAAGGAAAUUGAAGAUUCCAAACGUAACACGAGAGGAAGCAAGUUCAUGGGAGAACAUUGAAAGAGCUGCGAAGAGGGGAGUUUUGGAUCAACCAUAUCUAGGUAUAGAUUAUUACAUAACUCCCCCAAGUUAUCAUUGGCGUCUUAUCCCAGAUUUGCAGUUUUUACGUCCCCAUUACGAUACCUGGAUGAUUUGGGACGCUCGAAGAAUGGGCCUUGUCGUUAUCGAUGCCACUAACACUCUCCUAGCACCCCAUCAAAACGCACCACACCCUAAAGAUCCUGUUGCGAACGACAAUAACAUGAAGUAUAUAGUAGCUUCCCGUUCCGAACUCGGUGAAAAAGGAGCCAUCUGGUGCUGUGAGUUUGAAACGGCAUUAGUAAACGGCACAGUAACGGUACAAAGACGUAACAAUAUACCAAAACAAUGCAUAUGGUGAUUAUUACGCCGGUGAAGAUGUUUGGAUCGUUUCCUUAGUAGAAAAUACUAUUCUACUAUCGCAAAACGUAUGCAUUAUUACGCGAAAGUAACGCGUUAAACUGGUAUAACAAGAUGAAACGCUUUUCGAGUAUUAUAUUAUCUCUAUAAUACGGAUACGUAAAUGGAUAUCUGUUAUAUGUUAUAUCGCGUUACUAGUUCAACUGGUAUAACACGAUGAAACCUUUUUUUCGAGAAUCAGAUUAUCUAUAUAAUACGAAGACAUGAAUAUAUCUACUUGUGAAAAUUGUCAGUGUGUCGACAUCAUUUAUGUCGAUUGGACAAAAACUAACUAAGCUACAUUAUAUGCAUUUGCAAGUUAUCUGUCCAUAUAUUUAGAUGUCACAAAUUGUCGUAAUAAACUGGCAGAAAAUAAAAAUGUGAUGAUACAUCAAACAACUUAUCGUCAUACUAAAGUCGAAUAAAUAUAAUGAUAUAAUAUAAUCCUACUCGAAAACAUUUUUUGCCGAAGAAUAAUGUAAGCAUUUUCCCCAUAUUUGAUCCUUUAGACAUUAGACAAAUGACUGGAUAACCAUCACAUUGUAUUUACUAGGAAACUAUUUUUUAAACCAUACAAGUCGUUCUCAAUGCAAAAGCUAACUUAAAAAGCAAAACCUCACUCGCACAUAUGUAAAAUAUUCCUGAAUCAGUCAUUCGUUUUUCCUGGAAUAAUCCGGUUUUCCAAGAAUAGUAAUGUAUCCCGACUUUUCAUAAUCAUAUCAUUGAUCCUAUCUAUCGUCGAUCACGUGUCACCUGUUCUGUCUGGCAUAUUUUGACCUUUGUUUCAUACCGCGCUAAGUCUACAGUCUACAAAUAUCGACAACACUACGUGUGUUGACACGGGUGUCUGAUCAUUACAACAGGUAAUAACAUGAUAAGCGGUAGUAUUGUUACGUCCUGUUGCAACAACAUGAAUAUAUUGAAAAAUCUUUCACAUAAAUACUAGCCGCUGUGCUAACAAGGGUGAUUAUGUAUUUGUGUUAAACCAUGUUACGGAAAAGCGAUAUAAAUUGGUAAACUAAACGCGGAUUCUCGAAAUUUUUAUUUGUUCUAUGUGGUUAGGUUUUAUUGCCAAUUUAGCAUCAUUUGAUAUUAUUUUGUUACCGGUAACAAUAUCAAUAGUUAUGCAAUAAUACUAUACCUACGAAUAUAUAACCGGAAGCUAACGUGAACGCUGCGCAGUAAGUAGAUGUCGGAUCCGGUUCCUUUCACUAUCUGUCCAUUGUAGCUAAUUGAACUAAUGUGUAUGUAUUGUUGAUAUUUUCAAAUCUUAUUAAAUGUUGUAAACCUAUAA